AUGAUGGAAAACGCUGAACAACAACAACAGCAUCAAAGACAACAAAACAUUUUAACCGGUCUGCCACCACUGCCAAAAAGUCUGAGUGCCGCUGCCAGCGCAAUGGCACCUGGCCACGGACAAGGACAUGGACAUGGACAAGGAUCGGUGCCGGUGCAGGUGCAGGUGCGUUCACAUACGUCCUCACCGUUGCAACAGCCACUGCAAGCCGCCUCCUCGGUUACUGCACUGGCUGCUGCCACGGGCGAUUUGUAUUUGGGGCCAUCGACCUCGUCGGCGGCAAGGAAUCGGAACUACAACGGUCACGGCCGACAUGGCAGCUUGUCAUCCACCCAGGAGUCGCUCAGCGAUCGCGAGAGCGUUCACAGUCGCGCCUCAUCCACACACAGUGCCAGCGGGAACGCUGCUGCAACAGCAGCCCAGCAGCAGCAGUUGCAGCUACACAUGCCCACCAAUAGCAGCAGCAACAGCAGCAGCAAUAAUGCCUCCAGCACCAUCGAUAACCAGCUGGCGAUAUUACGCCGUGAAAUGUAUGGGUUGCGGCAGUUGGACUUGUCGCUGCUGUCGCAGCUGUGGGCGCUAAAUGAGUCCAUACAGGGCUUUCGGGUGUUUCUGCAGGAGCAGGAUGCCCUUUCGCCGCCAUCCAGGUCGCGCACGCCUUCCGACACCAACUCCCUGUCGUCCGACGAGGAUGAUGGCUCGUAUGCGCCAGUUGCUGUACCAAAGCUCAAUGCGCCGCCGGUAACGAUUGCGGCCUUGGCAUCGCCAGCGACUAGUGGUGGUCUGCCCACUAAAUUGGCCACGGGUUCGACCACAUCGCAUGCGUCGACCAGUUCGGCGUCGGGGACGUCCGGUUCAUCAUCGGCAGCAUCCUCCAUGGGCAAGCAUCACCAUCACCAGCAGCAGCAGCAACAACAGCAGCAGCAGCAGAUGCCUCAUUAUCAUCAUCAUCGAUCGGGGAUGCCACCAGCACCACCGGCACAGCAUAAGGCGCAUCCGCAGCUGCCGCGUAUACUGCAGCAGCGCAUGCGGCACGCGCCGCCUCCGCCACCGCCCUCGCGACCCAAGGGCAGCGGUGGCGGCGCAAGCAGCAGCAGCAGCAACCACAGCAUCAGCAGUGUCACGCAGCAGCAGCAGCAGCAACUGUUGCACCCAAAUCCCAAUCAGCAUCAGAGGCCCGUAUGACAAAACCCGUUCUUGGACUAAAUCUACACAUAUUUAGUUCAAGAACGCAUUUUCAGCAAAAAAAAACCAUAAUAAUAAAUAAAUACAAAUAAAUAGUAUAUACCAUAAACAGCAACACACAACAACAAAAACAAAACAUUUCAGAAAACGUCAAUUGCACAUUUAUCCAGGAGUCAAUUUAGGCCAGAGUUGAGGGCGACUUGGGCACUUUAUUGGUGGCCAACAUACACAUCCCAUAAAUCCUCAUCAUGAUACACACACAUCCAUGCUUGCCAUUCGUUCCAAUUUCGUUCUUGAUUUGUUUUACAACAAAUUUAUGUGUGUUUAAUUAAUAACUACCUAAAAAAAGCAAAAUUGAACGGUUAGAAUUUUGAAAGUGGAAAUUGUAUUCAAUGAUAAUAUUUAAAUAGUUAAGGAUUAAAUCCUUCGAUAAGCAACUACAAUAUAUUGCAUAU